AUGGGAACCCAAAGUUUCAUCAACUGUUCUCUCUUAGCUAUCAUCAUCACCUUCCUCAUUUCCUUUUAUUCAGCUCACUCGCAAGACCUAACCAUCAAGCUGAUCCACCGUGACUCUCCCCAUUCUCCACUCUACAACCCUCUCCACACCGUCUCCGACCGUCUCAACGCCGCUUUCCUCCGUUCAAUCUCCCGUUCCCGCCGUUUCUCAACCAAAACCGAUCUCCAAUCCGGUUUAAUCGCAAACGGAGGCGAAUACUUCAUGAGCAUCUCAAUCGGUACUCCACCUACGAAAGUCCUGGCCAUCGCCGACACUGCAAGUGACCUAACUUGGAUCCAGUGCAAACCAUGUGAACACUGUUACGAACAAAACGGUCCAAUCUUCGACAAGACGCACUCUUCGACCUACAAAACAGAACCCUGCGAUUCCAAACCCUGCAACGCAUUGGCCAAAAAAGAACAAGGUUGCGACCAGUCACGGAACAUCUGCAAAUACCGUUACGGUUAUGCGGACAAUUCGUCUACCGAAGGACACAUCGCAACCGAAACAAUCUAUUUCGAUUCUUCCUCUGGCUCCCCGGUUCCUUUCCCCGGUACGGUUUUCGGUUGCGGUUACAAUAACAGCGGUACGUUCGAUAGAACCGGGUCCGGAAUUAUCGGUUUAGGACGUGGACCGUUAUCUUUGUUCUCUCAGAUAGGUUCUUCCGUAGGAAAGAAGUUUUCUUAUUGCUUGUCAAACACGUCAUACACAACAAACGGCACAGGUGUCAUUAAACUAGGAACCAACUCGAUACCUUCCAACCCAAGCAAGGGUUCUGCUGUGCUCACUACACCUUUAAUCUAUAAACCCCAAAAUACUUACUACUACUUGAAUCUGGAAGCAAUCACUGUCGGAAAGACCAAGAUUCCGUACCCCGGAGAAGGAGGAGGAGGUUUAAACGAGAAGACCACCGGGAACAUCAUAAUCGAUUCGGGAACUACAUUUACGUUUCUAGAAUCUGGAUUCUACAAUGAUUUUGGUGCGGCGGUGGAAGCAUCGGUGACAGGAGCUAAGCGUGCGAGUGAUCCACAGGGGAUGUUGACAAACUGUUUCAAAGCCGAAGACAAAAAUAUUGGUUUGCCGGAGAUAACUAUGCAUUUCACGGGGGCUGACGUCAAGCUGAGCCCGACAAACGCGUUCUUGAAAAGAACUGAAGAGAUUGUGUGCUUGAGUAUGGUUCCGACAACUGACGUUGCUGUCUACGGUAAUUUGGUUCAGGCGGAAUUUCUUGUCGGGUAUGACCUGGAGGCUAAGACAUUGUCGUUUCAAACAAUAGAUUGCUCUGGGAGCUUGUAAGAGAAACGAUAUCAUUGAGCGGUAAUGCUAUGAUUAAUAAUUUAAUAUGAUACUCCUAGUUUAGCGAAUCUCUAGUAUGA